GUUUUUUUCUCAGCUGCAUUCAUUUUCAUCCGUAAAUUGUUUAAGUUUUUUACAAAAAUAACGCGUAAAUUGCAAUUGUUUAAACAUAAAUUUGUGAAAAUCUAAAAAUCCACACAAUAAUUUAUAUAAAAAAAUUUAUUGUUAAAACGCUAAAAUUAAACAAAACCAGCUGGCUGGUAAAUAAAUUAACUAAACAAAUCCCUAAAUUUAUUUUGGACUAAUAAAAAACUAAAGAGUGCAUAAGAAAGUGAUAUCAGCUUUUGCAGCAAGGGGGGCAAAACCAUGUCGGAGAAAAACAUAAAAGUGGGGGCUCGCAUUGAGCUGACGGGCAAAGAUUUACAGGGCACCAUUGCCUAUGUGGGCAUGACCAGCUUUGCUGUGGGCAAGUGGGUGGGUGUGGUCUUGGAUGAACCUAAAGGUAAAAAUAAUGGUUCCAUCAAAGGACAAUCGUACUUUGAGUGUUCCGACAAUUAUGGCAUGUUUGUAAGGCCAACUCAGUUAAAGGUUAUACAACCGGCACCGGAUGGUCGUAAAUCCACUGAGGAUAUAGCCGCUGGUGGUGGAGAUGGUCUUAAACAUACCGCACCCCAACCGACUAAAACCCGGCUAAGUGGGCCUCGAAAUUCUUUGUCGUCCAGUCGUAUAUCUUUGUCCGGUUCACGUUCCCAACUUACCUCUUCGUUAAAUGAUCGCAGUGGUAGUACCAACUCCAUGGUAAGUCGUAAAAGUAUGCAAGCUUCGAACAACACUUCGGCUUUGUCUAAGGAUAAUAAUAGUGCCUCCAAUACUUCGUUGGUGGCAAAUGCCCAAAUCGACAUACCUGCUAAUGCUAAUAUGUCCAAGAAGAAUUCAUUUGUUGAGACUGGUUUUAUGGAAAUUUUAAAGCCUCAAUUUACUCCUUCACAGCCUCUUAGAUCUCCUUCAUUUUCUUCGCCACCCAAUCAGUUGUCUUCCCAAGAGAUGGCCGAACAAAAGAAACAAAAUGAAGAGCUGCAGGCACAAAUCAACGAUCUUAAUGAAAAAUUACAAACUCUCAAGCAAAGACGUAAUGAGGAUAAAGAACGUCUUAGAGAUUUUGAUAAAAUGAAAAUACAAUUCGAACAAUUGCAAGAAUUUCGCACGCAAAUUAUGGCUUCCCAGGCUUCAUUGCAAAAGGAGCUGCAAAGAGCCAAACAAGAGGCCAAAGAUGCCAUUGAGGCUAAGGAAAGGCAUGCCCAGGAAAUGGCCGAAUUGUCUGACAAUGUAGAACUCAUCACCCUAGACAAAGAAAUGGCUGAAGAAAAAGCUGAAUCUUUGCAAUUGGAAUUAGAUGCGGCCAAAGAACGUAUCGAUGAGUUGCAGGUGGACUAUGAGCUGUUAUCUUCGGAGAUUCAAGAUAAGGCUGAAACUUCGGUGGGUCAUAUUGGUGAUGGAGGUCCCUCGGUGUAUGAGUUCAAACAAAUGGAACAACAGAAUAUACGUUUGAAGGAAACCCUAGUGCGUUUGCGCGAUUUAUCGGCCCAUGACAAGCAUGACAUACAAAAGUUGACCAAGGAAUUGGAAACCAAAAAAUCCGAGGUGGCCGAAUUAGAAAGAACCAAGGAGAAACUUUCAUCUAAAGUGGAAGAAUUGGAGGCUAUUGUAGCUGACUUGCAGGAACAAGUUGAUGCUGCCUUGGGUGCAGAGGCCAUGGUAGAGACGUUAACUGAAAAGAAAUUCGAACUAGAGGAUCGUGUUAAGCUGCUGGAAGAAGAGGUGGCUCAACUGGAGGCUUUGGAAGAGGUCCACGAACAAUUGAUCGAAAGCAAUCAUGAUUUGGAAAUGGAUUUGAGAGAGGAAUUGGAUUUGGCCCAGGCCGCCAAAAAGGAGGUCUUAAGAGAAAGAGAUGCUGCCAUUGAAACUAUCUACGAUAGAGAUCAAACUAUAACGAAAUUCCGAGAAUUGGUGCAAAAACUCAACGAACAAAUGAUUGAUUUGAGAGACAAGGCCACCGCCUCUAAUGAUCCCAAGUCUUUGCAGGACACCCACUUGAUUACCAAUGAAACGGUGGACUAUAAGCAAAUGUUUGCCGAAUCUAAGGCCUACACCAAGGCCAUUGAUGUGCAACUAAGACAAAUUGAAUUGACCCAGGCUAAUGAGCACACCCACAUGCUGUCAGCCUUUAUGCCGGAAUCGUUUAUGUCGCGUGGCGGUGACCAUGAUUCUAUUUUGGUUAUAUUGCUAAUAUCCCGGCUGGUGUUCAAGUGCGGCAUUGUUAUUAGCCAGACCAGAGAAAGAUUCCCCGCAGUGGAAAAUGUUACCAAGGAGUCGAUUAUUCAGGGUCAUUCUGUGCAACAGUAUGCCUUCAAAUGCCGUUUAAUGCACUACAUACACAAUCUACAAUGUGCUUUGCAUCAGAUCUUAUAUGGUUUGAAUAGUUGCCAGCCCGAUACUCUACUUAGGGCCGGCUCUUCUUUGCCCGAAAUGAUAGCCCAGGAAAAGACCAUAGAUGGCAUUAUAGAGCUGUUGAAAUCUAAUCAAUUGGAUGAAAACUCCACUACCGAUAAUAUAGAGAAAUGUGUGGCCUUCUUUAAUGCCAUGAAUUCGGUGUUGUUGGCAGGUGAGGAUCUGUUGAAUGAAACCCAGAUGAUAAGGGAUUGUGUGGCAGCCAUACAAUCGGCCUGUGAAAGUGUACUCAAUGAUACGGCCAUAGCCAGAGCCAUUUUAAGGCAAGAGGGUUCCACCAGUGAUGCUGCUUUACUCAUGCAAUUCUUGGCCGAUAAUGUAGAGUCCAUUAAGCAACAGGUUAAAUUGAUUAGAAGGCGUUUGCCACAAGAUUUACAUGUGAUCAAGUGUGGCAUUUCUCCCCUGAAACUGGAGGCCAUGCGUAGCUUAACCCAGCAAUUGUCACGCAUUAUGUCGGCCUUGUAUCAGGCCAACAAACAGGCGGUGGCUAUAAUAGUGGCCUCCAUAGAGGGUGACAAUGAUAAUGAUCACUGCAUAGAUCCAGCCAAAUUCUGGGAGUCCUUGUCCCAGGCCUGUGAAAGAAUCUACGAACAGGAUGAUCGUGGACCAUCACAAAACUUCAAGGGGGUUUUGGGGGCCGCCAACAAUGAUCUGCAGCAAGUGGCUCAAUAUUUGUUGGACAAGGAAUACGAAAUCAUGUCUUUGGCCAAUCAGAAACAAGAGAAACCCACUUCCCCCAUCAUCUUGAGAGCACAAUUGAUCAAGAAACAAUUGGAGCAAAAGAAUGUGCUGGCCGCCACUUUGGAGAACCGUGAGGCUGAUAUCAAACAAUUGAAAUUAGCUGCCAAAAUGAAACAGCAUGAAUUGUCCGAAAUGCAAAUACGCAAAGAUCGGGCCGAAAAGAAAUUGUCGGUGUUGCAGGCGGAAUAUGAUAAUGCCCUUAAAUGGAAGAAACAAUACGAUGACACUUUAGAGCUAUUGCAGAAGAAGGAAAAGGAAUAUGAAGAAACCUUUGAUCAUCUGCAAUCGGACAUAGAAGCUUUGGAAAGUGAAAAAUUAACCUUGAAAGAGAAAAUCAAGCAUACCGGCAUUAAACGAACUGGAGACAGUUCAUUUAUAAACACCACAGCUCCGGCGGGUCAUUCGACCAACACUUCCUUCAGUACCCACACAACUGGGGCCACACCUUUGAUAGCCGAGGAGCUGCAAUUACUCAAGCAUGUCUUUAACACUGAACGUGCGGAAAGAUUACGCCUGCAGGCCGAACAAAUAAAGAAUAAGCUAAAGAAAUUCGAUCCCAUAUUUGUGCCACAACCUAAAGAUAAACGCAUCACAGAAUUGGAAACGGAAUUAACUAAAAUGAAACAUGCCUGGGCUUUGUCUUUGCUACAAACCCAGCCCAAAGCCGGCAAAGAUAAUCAGCAUAUAGUGGCUUUCCAACGUAAACAUUUGCCCGUACCGGAAAAAUCGGAAAUAUCCAAUAAGGCCAAUCAUUUGGCUGCUGAAAUCCUUAAGGAAUAUCUGCAACGUAAUCCUCAUAGAGCUGCCAUCAGUGAGUUUGGAGCUUUUCCCACUGUAGAAGUUAAAAGGGUGUUGCAAUUGUAAAUUGUUGUAGACGAAAGCAACAAAAUUCACAAACGUUGUAAAAGGUAUUCAAUUUUCAUUUUUUAAUUUUACUUAAAAUAUAUAAUAAUACAAACAAACAAGAAAAUAAGAAUGAUAUGAAAUCUUAGUGAAAAUUUAAAAGAAAAAGGAAAAGCACAAAUUUUUUAUGAAAACAGCAAAAUUCUUAUUAUAAUUUCGGGUCUCAAAACCAAAUUACCACAAAAUGUAAUAAACAACUUAACAAAAACUAUAAACCUCAUCAAGAUUUUUCUUGAAUAUAAUCUAAAGGAAACAAAAAUAUAUUCAAUGUUAAAAUACUUAUAAACUAAAAUUAGUUUUUUUAAAAAAAACGUAAAAUUUUUAAAGAAAAUUUAAAAAUUUUCUAGAAAAAAUUUACGUUCAUUUUAAAUAAACUGUUUAAAAUUAUUUUCCCCUAACAAAUUAUCUUUUUUAAGAGUUUUUUUCUUUGAGGGAAAAAUAUUUAAGGUUUAGUUUUUGGUGGUUAAUAAACAACUUUCCUUAUUUUUUGUUCUUCUUAAAUAAUCAUUUCUUUAUAUACUCGAUUUCUUUUGAAAAACUCUUAGUAAUGAAAACAAUUAAUAAUUAAAUUAUAUUUGUUUUCAUAUUUUUUCUAUUAUUGGUAUUAAUUUUGCUUUAAAUGUGUUUCAUCUUGUUAUUAAUAAAAAAAGUAAAUAUGUAUGCAAAAAAAAGCAAAAUAUUUAACUCGAAAAAAGACAUUUUUUUUAUACUUUAAUUUGUUUAACAAAAAUAAUAUAAAAUAUUUAAUUUAAUUUUUUUUAAAACUAAUAAAUUAUUUAUACCCCA